GUUGACAUUGACGUUCCGACUGAAAAGUGAUUUUUCCUUGUUCUCAUAGAAAUCGAAAACAAAUUGUGUAACAAAAUUAAAUAUGAUAAAUAAACUCAGAUAAAAAUACAUUCAACUGUUCCAAAGUGGUUUUUAAUGUCUGUUGUUUGUUCGUAUAAGUUUACAAUCGUACAAGACAUAUAGAUUUUUGGAAAUAAACAGUGAAAGUCGAGUGCAUGUGUGGUGUUUGGAAUUAUCGCGCUUCUUCAAUAGUUUACACGUUUAGUUGUCCUGAAUAAAGGUCAACGGCUUUGUCAAACAUUCUCCGAAGUAUCGCACCAAGGGAUAAUGGCCAUAAAAUGUUCAAAUAUGUUGUAAAACAUUAUCAGUUUGUCUGUUUAAUGAAACUACAGAGGUACACGCUGUCACGUCAUGGCGACAACGGAUCUCUGUUCAGAAGGCACCGAAAUGCUGGAGAAAGGGUCACGGGAUUCAGCCCAGGACCUGGUGGCGGUGCGCGUGCCAAUCAAUGGCAUGACAUGCCAGUCCUGCGUCAGGAGUAUAGAGGGAUCCGUCAGCGAGCUGCCAGGAGUUGAGUACGUUAAGGUGGAACUCUCUGAGCACGCGGGCUACUUCAGGUAUGAUCCGCGCGUGUGCUCCGUGGAGGCCAUCCGGUCUCACAUAGAAGACAUGGGGUUCGAAGCGCCGAAUGACUCCGGCGACGACGAAACCAGAAAUCUUCUACCCCGCGACAUACCAACAGAUCUGCUGAUAGACAUGAGCGCCGGCGAGAGCGAGGUGCUGCUCAACGUGGUCGGCAUGACGUGCCAGUCGUGCGUCAACACCAUCGAAGGGACCCUCAGAGAGACACCGGGAGUGUUGGAAGCCCGAGUGAACCUGUCGGAGGGCAGCGCGCGGAUACGACACAAUACGGAAAUAACCCCGCAACAGAUAUCCGACGCCGUCUACUCGCUCGGCUUCGACGUCAACAUAGUAUCUGUCAAUGGACAGACCACAGAUACCAGCUCGCACAGAAGCGAUCCGGAAGGCUCGGGUGACGGCGCCAAACACAUAUCUCCAGUGAAGAGUAGGACACAGGCCAACGGCGCGGUGCAGCCGCGGGCGGAGAGCGAGGUGAGUCGGUGCACGCUGGAGGUGCGCGGCAUGACGUGCGCCAGCUGCGUCGCCGCCAUAGAGAAGCACUGCGCCAAGCUCUACGGCGUCCAGUCAAUCCUGAUAGCUCUACUGGCAGCGAAAGCGGAAGUGAACUACGAGCCCCGCAAGAUCUCGGCCGAGGACAUCGCGCACAGCAUCACCGAGCUGGGCUUCCCCACCGAGGUGAUCAGCGAUCGAAGUCGGGAUAGUGAUGGGCAUCGGGAAAUACAGGUUCAUAUCAAAGGCAUGACGUGUGCGUCGUGCGUCAACAAGAUCGAGAAGAGUGUACUUAAGCUGACCGGCGUCGACUCCUGCGCCGUCGCGCUUACAACUAGCAAAGGCAAGAUAAAAUACAACACGUCGCAGAUCGGUCCGCGCACGAUCUGCGACGCCAUCAACAGCCUCGGGUUCGAGGCCAGCGUCGCCAGCGCGCACAACCGCGGCGCCUGCAACUAUCUCGAGCACAGGGAAGAAAUAAAGAAGUGGCGCAACGCGUUCCUGAUCUCAUUAAUAUUCGGCGCGCCGUGCAUGGCCGCCAUGGCGUACUUCAUGUCGAUGAUGUCGCACGGACACAGCGCGCGCGACAUGUGCUGCGUGCUGCCCGGCCUCAGCCUCGAGAACCUCAUCAUGAUGCUGCUCGCCACGCCCGUGCAGUUCGUGGGCGGGUGGCACUUCUACAAGCAAGCGUACAAGGCGCUGCGACACGGCACCUCCAACAUGGACGUGCUUAUCUCCAUGACCACCACCAUCAGCUACGUGUACUCGCUGGGCGUGGUGGCGGCGGCGAUGGCGGCGCGGCAGGACGCGAGCCCGAUGACGUUCUUCGACACGCCGCCCAUGCUGCUCGUGUUCGUGUCGCUCGGCCGCUGGCUCGAGCACAUCGCCAAGGGUAAGACAUCAGAAGCAUUAUCCAAGUUGUUGUCGUUGAAGCCGACGGAAGCCGUGCUCGUGACCCUGGACGAGCACGGGAACCAGGUCAGCGAGAAGAACAUACCCGUAGACCUGGUGGAACGUGGUGAUGUACUCAAGGUGGUGCCCGGCGCCAAGAUCCCGGUGGACGGCAGAGUGAUCUCCGGACAGAGCACCUGCGACGAAUCUCUCAUCACCGGCGAGUCUAUGCCUGUUGCUAAGACCAAAGACUCGCUGCUGAUCGGCGGCAGCAUCAACCAGCACGGCGCGCUGGUGAUGCGCGCCACGCACACGGGCGAGGCGUCCACGCUGGCGCAGAUCGUGCGCCUCGUGGAGGAGGCGCAGGCCAGCAAGGCGCCCGUGCAGCGCCUCGCCGACACCAUCGCCGGGUACUUCGUGCCGCUGGUGGUGUUCCUGUCGCUGCUGACGCUGGUGUGCUGGAUCAUCAGCGGCGCGCUCGACGUCGACAGGAUAAAAGCCAUCACGCCGGAGAUAUAUCUGAACGCGGGCUACUCGGACUGGGAGCUGAUUAUCCAGACGGCGUUCCACUUCGCGCUGUCGGUGCUGGCCAUCGCGUGCCCCUGCGCGCUGGGGCUGGCCACUCCCACCGCGGUCAUGGUCGCCACUGGGGUCGGCGCCAAGAUGGGCCUGCUCAUCAAGGGAGCCGAGCCACUCGAGAAUGCUCAUAAGGUGAAAACAGUGAUAUUCGACAAGACGGGCACGAUCACCCGCGGCUGCACGCGCGUCGGCAAGCUGUGCCUGCUGACGGGCGAGCCCGCCAGUCUGCCGCACGUGCUCGCCAGCCUGCUCGCCGCGGAGAUCAACUCCGAACACCCGGUGGCUUCAGCGAUCGUGCAGUGGUGCUCGGCGGUGCUGGGCGGCGCGAGCCCGCUGCAGUGCUCGGGCUUCGUGGCGGCGCCGGGCUGCGGCCUGCGCGCCAAGCUCAGCGCUGCGCACGCGCAGGUGCCGCACGUGCCCGAACUCGCCAACCUCAUCAACCAGGCCAGGGAGGGCAGCUCGUUCACGCUGCAGGGCGUGCCGGUGGAGGUGGUGGCGGGCGGCGGCGACGCGGCGCUGAGCUCGGCGCAGGCCGCCGCGCGCCUGCAGCGCCUCAUCGGACCCGACCCCGCGCGACAGGAUGAAGAACAAAUAAUCCUAAUAGGUAACCGGGAGUGGAUGUCUCGUAACGGAGUGCCGGUGCCGCGGAGGGUGCAGGAGGCGCUGCAGCAGGAUGAGGACCUCGGCAGAACUGCUGUCCUCGCCGCUAUCAAUGAUCAGCUAGUGUGCACGAUCGGCGUGGCGGACGAGGUGAAGCCCGAAGCCCACCUGGCGGUGUACUGCCUCAAGAAGAUGGGGCUCAAGGUGUGCCUGCUCACUGGAGACAAUAGGAAGACCGCCGUGGCCAUCGCCAGACAGGUGGGAAUCAACAAAGUGUACGCGGAAGUGUUGCCCUCACACAAAGUGGCUAAAAUACAGAAACUUCAAGAGGAAGGACAGAAAGUCGCCAUGGUAGGAGAUGGCGUGAACGACUCGCCGGCGCUUGCGCAGGCUGACGUGGGCAUCGCUAUCGCCAGCGGAACCGACGUUGCUGUGGAGGCUGCCGACCUUGUGCUCAUGAGGAACGACCUGCUGGACGUGGUGGCGUGCCUGGAGCUGUCGCGCACGACGGUGCGGCGCGUGCGGCUCAACUUCCUGUUCGCGUCCGUGUACAACCUGCUCGGCAUCCCGCUCGCCAGCGGAGCCUUCGCCAUGCUAGGCCUGCAGCUACAGCCGUGGAUGGCGUCGGCCGCGAUGGCGAUGAGUUCUGUCUCUGUCGUGUGCUCAAGUUUAUUGCUCAAAACCUUCAAGAAACCAACGAUAGAACAGCUUAGAACGGCAGAGUACCUACAAUCAGUGCACCUGGAAGACUUGGACUCCGUCUCGGUCCACAGAGGACUCGACGAGAGGGUGGACCCCGCCGAGAGAGGCGCCUCUCCGCUAGCCAACAAGAAGAGCGAGUCGUGGCGGUCCGCAAUAUUAAAGGUGUAACACUUAUGAUUUUUCAAUAGAACCAAAUCUAACGAGGGUUGCCUCCUGCAAGAGGAUGAUGACUUGAUGACGGUGUCGUUUAUCCCGAAGCGCGAGGAGGGCAGCAUCAACGCGUGAAGACUGAUCAGUACAGGCCGGCGCGGCGACUGCAACUGACGAUAGUUGUUACUGUACUUACCAUCGCUAUUAUAAUGUAGAGGUCCGGAGCUUCUAUAGUUACGAUUAUACUUCCUUACACGGCACAAACAAGACAAUUGCGAGUUGUCAAAGUUUUGUCAAUCUUUUAAGUUUUUAGCGAUGGACCAGUUAUAUUUAUAUCCAGUUUUGUAAGCAUUUAUAGUAAUGUUCUUUUGUAUUAUUUGUAUUGCUCUUGUCCUGUAUCCAGUAAUGGACAUUAAUGGGAUAUUUAAAUAUAUUCAAUGUACAGACUCAAUUUAUAUUUUUUAUAAUGUAUAUACGCUUUUGUACGUCUAUAUAUUUCCUAGUUUCUGGAGUAGAUGGUACAAAUUUUGAACAGGGGUAUGACCCCAAUAAUAUUCCUUGCUUCGUCACUGAAGAGCGCUAAUAUUUUUAUAACUGAAUUAGAUAAAAUUACACACUGAACCGUAAGAUCAAGAGACAUUUGUUUAAAUUUGGCAAUAUUGUGUACAGUAAUCUAGUGCGCUAAAAAAUCUCUGGCACAAAAAACGAUACUGUUUUAAUUCAAUUAUAUACAUACAUACAUACUCUGCCUAUCCCUUAAGAAUUAAAAACAUAAUUUUGUGUAUAAAACUAAAGUCUAAUAAUAUUCCAAAGCGUUGUUCCUCUUGAAGUGACGAAAUUUAGUUACCAGUGUAGUUUUGUGCUAUUGCAUUAAAUGUAUUGUAACAGUUACAAUGUAAAAUAGUUUUAUGAACGGGAAAAGGCAUUUCCUGGAAUAUACAAGCUUCUUAGUCGCUCAAGAUAUAUUUUAGAAUCAAAGUACCAAAUAGCGAAUUAGUAUAUGUAAUUAAAACAGACUUAAAGCCCAAAUCCGAACAGCCUUGGGCAUUCGUUCCAUACAUUUACUGCGCAUGAGUUACGUUAGAUAUAUGAAUAAUUUGUUUAGAAAAUCUACUUUAGAUGUUUUUGAAAAAAUUUAAAGUACCAAAAUAUCCUUUAUUGAGUUGUCGUAUCAAAUAGUGUUGGUUGCAAAUUAAAAUGAUGUGUGGCUUUUAUUAUGAAUUUAAUGAAACAAUAUCCGCAUUAUAAAAAAAAUUAAACCAAAGUAAAAAUAAUAUUGUAAGAAUAUUUUUUUAUUUUUCUGUUUUGCUGGGGGGAGCACCUAAAAAUUCAGAAUAUUAUAUUCCUUUCAUAGCAUGUGUAUUCCAGGCUUACAGAAGGAAUUAUGUACCUUAUAAAUAUAAAUAAAAAAAUGUAUUUAGUCUGAGAGGACCUCAAUGAUAAUUCAAGAUGGCGGACGAAGGGCACGGAGGCUCUAGGAAUGAAUAUCGAAUAUCAAUAAAGAUUGUAAUUAUUACUGUAUAAAAUAUUUUUAUGUUUUCGAAUAAAACAAAAUUAUUGAUA